CCUGAUGUUUACACAGUGAAGGUAUACAGACCCAAAUUGAUGGAUAAGAGAUGUGAAAAGAAUCUUAAGAAUUAUUUGAUACCAUGAGCAAUGCUCUUCUCUAGGGUGGAUGGGAACUCGCAUAAAUGGAUUGAUGCUGGAAAUCGAGGUAAAACGGAUGAGCUUAUAAGGAAGAAGAAGAGUAGUAGAAAUCAUUCACCUCCUCCAUUUUACCAAGUCAAGAAUAAGUUCUUUGCCAUGGGUGAGUCUACAAGAAAGGCAGCAGGAAAUCACAGUAUUAAGACUGUUCAUGAUGUGCCACUCAUGCUUGAAACUAGAGCAGUAAGUAGACUGCAUCAUUCUGCAGAAGCUAUCUGCUGGGAGCUUCCACAGCAGUCAUCCCAUCAAUGUGAUCAAUCUUCCACCCCAAGUUGUGGUGAUGGGUUUUUCUGUGAUGAAAUUUAA